CGCCACGAAGUCUAGGAUAUCAUCUAGCUUCCAACAAAUGACCAGCUGAGGGACCCGUAAUGGCUACUGAUUUCUGGUCCAGUACACACUACAAACGAUGGAUCGUCGAUAGAGCAACGCUAAGGCAGGCCCGUGCAGACGACAUGCGAUACGUCGACGACCCAGAAAUCUUUGUCUAUUUCUCCUUAUUCUUUGCCAAUUCAAUCACCAGGCUCGGAAAGAAGCUUGGCUUCAGACAGCGCGUCAUCGCGACCGCCAUCGUUUUCUUUCGCAGAUUUUACCUCAAGAAUUCAUACUGCGAGACAGAUCCGUUCAUCGUCAUUGCUGCAUGCUGUUAUGUUGCUGGAAAAGCGGAGGAAUCGCCUUCUCACAUCAAGAACAUCGCUACGGAAGCCCGCUUUCUCUUCAGUCAGCAACCAUACUGGGUCAAAAAUUUCCCCGUGGACAAUUCGAAAUUGGCCGAGAUGGAAUUUUACCUUGUCGCUGACCUGGAGUGUGAUCUUACUGUAUUUCACCCCUACCGGACACUCAUGUCCCUAUGUCAAAAAGAAGGGUCCAGCGAGUCUCAGACUGAGGCUGGUGAGGUAGGCGUAGGCAUAGACGACGGCCCUCGGUACUGGGGAACAGGAGAAGGACACCUUGAACUACCGGACGAAGCACUGCAACUCGCAUGGUCUAUCAUCAACGACAUGUACCGCUCAGAUCUCUGUCUUCUUUACCCGCCUCACUUACUCGCAAUAACCGCACUGUAUCUCACCCUAGCGCUACACACACCAACGAAGGAACUGAUCAUGCAGAAGUCCCAGUUCAGUCCCUCCGAUGAUAGCCACAUAUCACCCCGGCGAUCUUCUCGCCAAGUUUCGUCCUCCUUAUUCGGUUCAAAGAAACCUCCAGAUUUCAUCGGUUUCUUUGCAGGACUAAACGUGUCCAUGCCACUCAUCGCCACGAUCGCUCAAGAAAUGAUAUCCUUAUACUCGAUGUGGGAACGAUACAAGGAAGAGGUCGAUACCUCCGAUACCCCACGAUCCGCGUUUCACACGCAAAGCAAUUCGCCGUAUUCUGCGACGACUCAGGGAACAGGGAAUGGACUCUCGGAGAGUCUGAGCGCCACCCACAGUCGCGUCGGCACGCCCGUCGUUGAAGGUCCUGAUGAUAUGCGGAAGGCAGACGGGAUGAGCGUUGUGACGUCCGCUACGCUGGUGCAAACCUUGACGCGCAUGCGGGAGAAUAGGGUGUCGGAUUUGGCCCGCCAUUCUACUGGUGGGAGACCCGUCGUGAUAAAUAAGAUGUUGGAAAGAGCUCAGGCUGCUGGUUGAAUGAAUAGUUUAGAUUGGUGAGUUUUGUUGGUCGCCCUCCUUUUUUUUCAGGGUGCGGGGUUAAAUAAUGUUCGCUAUAUGGCACGCACUCAGUUUAGCUUAAACGUCCUCCUCCAGUCCUCAACUUAAAUACACACUCAUUUUCCGUACUUAACGUGCCUUGAUGCGCCGUGGCCCGUUAACUGUUGAAGCCUAUUGGAAUACAUGAGUAAAAUUUGUG